AUGGCCUCCGAGGUGAUAGCUUUCUACAAGAAUCUAAUUGGGAGCGUAGAUACUAACGUCGAAGGCUGUGACUAUAAUUUCUUGAAAAAUAUCCUAAGUUAUUCACUACCUCCAGAGCAUUCUUCAAAUCUCAUCAAAGAUGUCACCACAAAAGAAAUCAAGGAAGCUAUCUUUGAACAAGGCAAUGACAAAGCCCCGGGGCUUGAUGGAUACACUCCACUGUUCUUCAAAAAGACAUGGUCCAUUGUAGGAAUGGUUUCUUUAAAUCAAACUACAUUCAUUAAAGGAAGAAGCAUUGUUGACAACACCUUACUGGCACAAGAUCUUGUUAAAGGGUAUGGAAGGAAAGCCAUCUCCCCAAGAUGUUCUUUAAAAAUUGACCUUCAAAAGGCAUUUGACACUCUUCAUUGGGGUUUUUUAUCUGUUGUUCUUAAAGCCUUGGAUAUUCCUCAAAGAUUUAUCGAUUGGAUUGAAGCUUGCUUUAAACAAGCUCGAUUCUCAAUCUCUUUCAAUGGAAGUCUUAUUGGCUAUUUCAAUGGAGCAAGAGGCAUUAGACAAGGUGAACCUCUAUCACCUAUCCUCUUUGUUCUUUCUAUGAAUAUUCUUUCCUCCAUGCUUAAUAUGGCUGCUGCUAGAGGACUUUUUAAUUAUCAUCCUAAAUGCAAGAAAGUAGGAAUCACUCACUUAUCAUUUGUUGAUGACCUACUGAUAUUCUGUAAGGGUAAUGUUGAAUCAGUAAUUGGUGUCAUUACUGUUCUUGAAAGUUUCUAUGAGAUGUCUGGUCUGAAUUUAAAUGCUGCAAAAUAUAUGUUCUUCACUGCUGGAAUUUCUCUUAGUCACAUCGAGCAUAUCAAGCAAGCUACAGGGUUCACUUAUGGUCAUUUACCCGUUCGAUACCUUGGAGUACCAUUGAUAACUCGCAAACUCUCUGAAAAUGACUGUGAAUCCCUCAUUGCAAGUAUUAAAGCUAGGCUCACUCUAUGGUCUGGUAAAAAUCUGAGUUACGCGGGAAGACUUGAACUCGUUCGAGCAGUCUUGUUCAAUAUUGCUAAUUACUGGUGCCGACAGCUUCCCCUUCCUCAAGCCAUAAUAAGCAAAAUUGAACAACUUUGCUCUAGGUUCUUCUGGAAAGGCUCAGAUAAAUCUGCUACGGGUGCAAGAAUCAGCUGGACUAAAAUCUGUCAAUUAAAAUCUGAGGGUGGUCUUGGGCUGAAAAACCUAAAAGAUUGGAAUAAAGCUUGCUUGAUCAAACUCUUAAAGAAUCUACUGGCUGGAGAGGGUUCUCUAUGGAUUGCUUGGAACCAUGCUUAUGUAAUAAAGGGUAGAAAUCUGUGUCAAAUGGAAAACAGAGCCAGUUUCAACUGGAGUUUCAAUCGUAUCCUCAAACUACGCAGUGCAGCAACCACACCUAUUUCGAUUAGGGCAUCCUCUAUUAAAGACAUUUGGCAGGAUAUUAGGGUGAAGGAAAUCAAAGUUCCAUGGCAUUCACUGAUUUGGUUCCCACAACAUAUUCCUAAGCACAGUCUCAUUGCUUGGAUGGCAAUCCUCGACAGACUGCCAACCCGAGACCGACUGAUGCGAAUGGGAAUUAUCAUCGAAGGGAAUUGCGUGCUGUCCUCUCUCUCCCUAGUUCGUGCCAUUGCAUUCUGGAGAAACCAAGCUUGGGAGACCCGUGUUCGAUGGAUUCCCCGGUCUGACAACUGUGUUGCCGAUGCGCUUACCAAACUGGCUCCUCCAAGGUUAGCUAAUAUCACCUUCUUUGACGCUGCUCCUCGUGGCAUCAGUAAUCUGGUUCUGGCCGACGCACGCAGUCCUCCUCAUCCUCCCGCUGCUGUUAAUUAG